AUGAACCCACCACCGCCACAGCCGCCGCUACCCACGGUCGCCGUCGAUUUCCCUCCAUCUCACACUUCAAGUUCCCGGCCUCCACCACCUCCACCAAAGCCAACACCACCUCCACCCUUAUUUUCCGCUGCCCUAUCCAAUCUCACCUCACUUCUCCACCUUUCUACCACCGCUCUCCGUUCUCUUCCCGCUCCCAUCUGUAUCGCCGCCGCCUCUUCUCCCUUCCUCCUAUGCCCUUACAAUCCCAACCACCGUCUUCCUCCUUCAUCCCUUUUCUCCCACUACCUCAAUUGCCCUUCCCAACUCCCUCUUCCACACACUUUCCAGUAUCAUACCACUCUCCAGUCGGCCACCCCAUAUUCUCUCUCCACCACCUCAUCCGAUCUCACCCUCUCUCUCGACGAUUACAUAGCCUACAACUCCAAUUUCUUUUACAAAAACUGUCCCGGCCCUGUCACGCUUUCUACUCCGCCGUCCCCGUUGCUAACCUUACCUAGGGAUUUGUAUAUCGAGUGUGGCGACUUCAUUGUUGAUCCUCCUGCGAAAGAAGCUGCGAGCCACCCAGUGGACUUUAUUAGGUUCCUUCCUUCCGAAAUUUCGGCGAUUCAGAGUGAAACCGAAGCCUGGGGUGCUGGUUUUCCGGCUGUGUAUUCUUCUAGAAUUUUGCGUGCAGUUCUGAGGUUGAGAGAUUGUAAUCUAUACCGCUUGAACGACUGGAUUGUAUCUAAUUCUCCUAGACACGGUGUGAUAAUUGAUUUUUCCAUGAGCGAUCAUGUGGUUCUGUUGGUUAGGUUGUGUUUAAAGGCGGUUGUUAGGGAGGCUUUCAUGUCGGGGGGUUUUAUGUUUGGAAACAGGACUAUGGCGACCCAGAGUUUUGAGUGCUCAGUUUUGGUGAAAGUGAUGGCUUGGUUGGCUUUGCAGUUUUCUGUAUUAUAUGGCAGUGUUAAUGGGAAAAUUUUUGCUGAUGAUGUGUUGAAGAAGUGUAUAUUGGACUCUGCGUCGCUUGCAUCUUUGUUUCCAUUAGAGCAAAAUGAUACCAAAUUUAGUGAUUUUGAGAAAGAUGAUUGUGAGGGGCAAGAGCUGGUGCAAAGUAUUUCGACCAUUGAUGACACUCAACCAGAUGAGGAAGAGAAUGUAAAAGGAAAAACAGUUGGGAAUUGUAUGAUAUUUUUGCCUCAAGUGGCGGCGGCUGUUGCAGCACUACAUGAACGAUCAUUGAUUGAAGAGAAAAUUAAGUCAUUACGCAAAUCACGGCCAAUUUCUGCUUAUGAACGCAAUAUGGAGCAUGCAUAUUUGUCCAAGAUGGCUGCUGAGGAGCGAGCAAAACGUCCCGAGUAUAGACCUAUAGUUGAACAUGAUGGUUUUCUCCGGCAAAGGUCAAAUAACGAGGCCAAUAAGGAAAAGACGCCGGAGGAAUUAUUAGCUGAAGAAAGAGAUUACAAACGUCGGAGGAUGUCAUAUCGUGGCAAGAAAUCCAAACGAAAUACAUUAGAGGUGACAAGGGAUAUCAUAGAAGAAUAUAUGGAGGAAAUCAAGAAAGCCAGAGGGACCGGUGACGUUUCAGAGAAUGUGGAGAAAACUGAAGUUUUUGGAACAGAAAAUCGGAAUACGCAUGCAAGCUCUACUAAUGUUUCUAAAUCAAAGAAAUAUCCUGUGAUUCCUAAUGAGAAUAGAGAAGGAUCGCUUGAUUCCAGGAAAGAGUUUCAUACUUCUUCUCAUGAUGAUUAUGACUUUAAGAAUGACAUUCAACAGACAAAACAAGAUCCAAGUUGGGAUCGUGGGCACCAAGAUCACGAUAAAGGUGUUGAUAGAAAUAGACAAGACAGAGGAGAUUAUUCCAGAAGGCGAGAUGGACGAUUACACGACAAAAGGAGUGAGCCACACGAGCAUAAGCAUCAUAAGAGAAAUAGGGAUGGGCAUGAGGAGGGUUAUAAUCAUGAAAAGGAAAGGGACGAGCACAGGAGAAGUAGCCGUAGAAAAAGAGAGAGUUACAAAGAUAAAAGGGAGCAAUGGGACGAAAGGAUAAGAAAGAAGAACAUGAAUCAUAGUAGCUCUCGUCGUGCACACCAUGAAUUUGAUGACAGAUACGAGCCUACGGGAUCCCAUGAGUUUUAUGAGGAUGAUUUCUAA